AUGGUCAUUGAAAUCGAGCAAGAUCGAUUAGAAUUCAAUGAAUCCUAUGAAGAAGCUAAAAAGAUCAAAGAAACAUAUUUUGGCGUCAAUAUGGACAAAUUCAUCAAAUAUUUCGAGUCUGGAAAGUACACCAUUCCGACCGAAACUCUUCCAUUGCAAAUCUCGGAGGUAAAAGCACUCCUCCAUCUCUGUAAAAAACACUCUCGAAAACAAUUCACUCUCCGUAAUGAGGAUUUGCACUCAAUUUCACAAUUGACACAAAAGAUUGAUCAAAUCAUGCAACGAAUGAAACAAGAUCAUCAACUCUCCAAUGGAUUCAUUGUGAAAUUGACUUCUCGUUCUGCUAAAGAUAUUACUCCAACGCAUGAAAGGACCAUGAAACUCUAUUCAGAGAUGAUGAUGAAUGACACAUCUAAACACCAAACAUUCAGCGACUACUCAUCACAAUGUACAGAUGAUAACGACAAGGAAAAUCCACAGAACCAUGAGGAGGAAGAUCUCCAUAAUAGUCACCAUCAACACCACCACGAAUUCAAAAUGAAUGAACAUUUGUGUGCCUUAUAUUUUGCAUCUUUACAAUGCAUGAGAGUUUUUGAUGCAAAUGAAGCUCUUCAAUUAUUGACUCAGAGUUCAAUAAUUGAAUAUGAUCUCGCACUUGAUUUAACCUUUGAAUAA